CCGCAUAAACAUCGAAGAAAGGAGCCGCUGCUUUGGAAGUGGGAGGCGGUGGCCGCUGGAGCCUGAGAGGGGGAUUUUCGUCUGCCAAGAUGGCUUCUGAAAAGAGAGUCCUGAGCUUCAGUGAAAGGCAUCAGAAAUUAGUAGAUGUAAACUACAGCAAGAAAUUGCAUGUCCAAUCACUAAGAAAGAUACAGAAUCAAGUUAUAGACCAAAUGGUGCGGAACAAAAACGAUGACCUCGUGGAGCGCAGGAGAUUCCUUAGAUUACUACAGAAUGAACAAUUUGAGUUGGAUAUGGAAGAGGCCAUUCAAAAGGCAGAAGAAAACAAAAGAUUGAGGGAACUUCAGAUUGAACAAGAAGAAAAACUGGCAAUGGAAUUGGCAAGACUAAAACAUGAAAGUCUAAAGGAUGAAAAGAUGAGGCAACAAGUAAGAGAAAACAGUAUUGAGCUCAGAGAAUUGGAGAAGAAAUUAAAAGCAGCUUACAUGAAUAAAGAAAGAGCAGCUCAGAUCGCAGAAAAGGAUGCCAUUAAACACGAGCAGAUGAAACGUGAUGCUGAAAUAGCCAAAACCAUGAUGGAAGAACACGAGAGAGCAAUCAAGGAAGAGAAUGCUGCAGAGGACAAACGGAAUAAAGUAAAAGCACAAUAUUAUCUUGACUUGGAGAAACAACUUGAAGAACAAGAAAGGAAAAAGCAGGAAGCUUAUGAGCAAUUACUGAAAGAGAAACUCAUGAUUGAUGAAAUUGUUAGGAAAAUCUAUGAAGAAGAUCAAUUGGAAAGACAACAAAGGUUAGAAAAAAUGAAUGUAACUCGAAGGUACAUAGAAGAAUUUCAGAAAGAACAGGCUCUCUGGAGAAAAAAGAAACGUGAGGAGAUGGAAGAAGAAAACAGAAAAAUCGUAGAGUUUGCCAACAUGCAGCAACAAAGAGAAGAAGAUCGAAUGGCAAAAGUUCAAGAAAAUGAGGAAAAAAGGCUGCAGCUUCAGAAUAUGCUGACUCAGAAAUUGGAAGAAAUGCUGCGGCAACGUGAAGAUUUGGAGCAAGUGAGACAAGAAUUAUACCAGGAAGAACAAGCUGAAAUACAUAAGAUGAAACUGAAAGAGGAAGCAGAAGAGAAAUUAAGAAAGCAAAAGGAGAUGAAACAAGAUUUUCUAGAACAAAUGGCCCUGAAGGAACUAGUACUCCAGGCUGCAAAAGAGGAAGAGGAGACCUUUAGAAAAGCUACGCUAGCUAAGCUUGCUGAGGAUGAUCGAAUAGAACUGAUGAAUGCUCAGAAACAAAGAAUGAAGCAGCUAGAACACAGGAGGGCUGUGGAAAAACUUAUUGAAGAGCGUCGCAACCAGUUCCUUGCAGACAAACAACGUGAACUGGAAGAAUGGCAGUUGCAGCAAAGACAACAAGGGUGUAUUAAUGCAAUUAUUGAAGAAGAAAGACUAAAUCUUCUCAAAGAACAUGCUACAUAAUUACUAGGAUAUCUCCCUAAGGGAGUAUUUAAAAAGGAGGAUGAUAUCGAUAUGCUUGGUGAAGAGUUUAGAAAAGUCUAUCAGAAAAGAAGUGAAAUUUGUGAAGAGAAGUGAUACCAUCAAGAUUUGGUAAAACCUGGAUUGUUUUGUUUUCACCACUAGGUGUCAGUGUGACUUUGUUUCACAGCUUCUUGUUCUCAGAUUUUAAUGCUUCAAUUUUCGUGUGUUCUUCAUUGGUGAUAUCCUGCACAAGGAAAAACAAAUCCCAUAUAGUCUUCAGUAAAAUUAUAGCCACAUUAGUAAUAACUGUCUUUAACUGAAAUAUAGAAUUUUUGUAAA